UGUAAACGCAAUACUUUACUACAACUGUAGUACCCUUUUGAUCCUAUCAAAGCACAACUCAAGCUGCAGUUUGUAAUUGAAUUCCCAUGUGCAGCGAUCGCACCUGUGUGCACUGAAGUUUUCGUAAACUCAAGGUCGAGUUUUUUUCAGUCGCGUUACUGCUUGUGUGUAGUCGAUAAUUUUAACCCGUUAAUUAGGAUUUUUGGUAAAAGUAAACAAUGCUGUUGUAACUGUUAGUAACGUGUGGUAUGCUUUACGCUUAUCUCCCGAAUGAAAUAUGGCUGAAAAACAACAACAUCUGGCUUUAUGGACGGCAUUGUCGAAAUACGUACAACAGUAUUAACAAUUCGUUAGAACAAAGAUUUUUCUAAAGUCCACGAUAACUCAUCAUCAUCUGUAAGUGAAUGACUCGAUAGUCGAACCAAAUAAAUUUCCUCCAUCGAACACGACCAAUUAACAUACAGUAAGUAGCUGGGUGGAACUUUCCGACUCACUUCAGCAAAAUCGGCAAUGGAUUCCGUCCCCGAAUCACCACCACCUAUCCCGGAAUCAGUUGAGGCUUACUGGAAGCACAGUGAACAACGAAACUCACCUCGUCCCCGCUUGACACGUCGAAGUUCAUCCAUGAUGGAUCUCAUGAAAUACAGUAUGGCCUUGUCCACCGAAGCACCGUAUCCCGUUUUUCGCAAUCUCGAUGACUCCAGUCUAUCAUCGGCCCCGUCAGGACAAUGCACAUGUUCAUCAAAUUCGCGAAAAAGAAGAACUGAAAGCGAACCAGCAGAACAGUUUCGGUCGCGCGUAAGCACCUGGAGCAACAGCGACUUCAUGGAGCACAGUCAGGACCAUGUGGACGGACUCUUAUCCCGUCCAGCUGUUUUGCCCUAUACACCCGUCAAGAGUCAUUGGUUUUUCUGUCGCAAGGAGAAUCACAAAGAUGGUUGGGUGCCGUUCACAAUGUAUGACAGUGGCCGUCUGGAAGAAGCGCACCACAAACAUAAGCGCGGCGAAGGUGAUGUGGAAAUGGUGCCUACACAGGGGGGACGCUAUGAUGUUAGCUUGAAGGAGAAGCGUCUCUUUGCCGUUUACUGGGAUGAAGAAGCUUAUCCUGUCCGUCGAGGCACAUGGUUUUGGAAAGCAGCUGGAGAAGCAUGGGUGCCUUACGAAGAACCUGUUGCUGAAAAAUUGGAGGGUGAAUACAAGCUGAUUUGCCGAACAGGAGAAUGGCAAAAGCGGAUUGAUUUACCUGGUGGAGAAACAAUUGUCUUACAUUCCGAGACAACAAUGAUACAUUAUGACUCCACCAAGACUUGGGCGGAUAUGGCUGAAACAUUAUACAAAAAUCAAAAGAUUGUCAAACGUGGUUGGGAAGGAAUCUGUGUUCCGGAUGAAGGAGAAUGGGAGCCAAUUGACCAUCUUGUCUUCGUUUCCCAUGGAAUUGGUUCAUAUUGCGACUUAAAAUGGCGCACACUGAAUCAGUGUGUCGAUGCGUACAGACUCAUGGCCAGAAAUUUAAUCGCUGAGCAUUUUAAUUUCGCUGGCAAGAAAGGAAAGAGUUUCCGUGUGGAAUUUAUCCCUAUUAAUUGGCACGGUAUUCUGCACAGCGAUAAUGCAGAACUCGAAAACCGAAUAAAACGAAUUACUUUGCCAAGUAUACCGAUCGUGCGAUAUUUCGCCAAUGAUUAUGUGCUGGACAUCCUGUUUUAUGCUAGUCCGAUGUAUUGCAGGCUCAUUGCAGAUCAUGUGGGCGAUGACAUGAAUCGCCUGUAUAACCUGUUUCUCGAUAGAAAUCCUGGAUACAAAGGGAGCGUUUCCAUCGUCGGCCAUAGCUUAGGCUCGAUCGUGCUGUUCGAUAUGCUAUCGCACCAGCCUGAUCCAAAUCCACCAUCCAGGCAAAAGGAAAACCCGAUGGAUACCGACUUCUCCACUGUACAAAGGGAAAUAACGCUGACGGAAUCAUUAGUCGGUGAUAUGGAGCCACGGACAAGUCGGCCACUGGUUGAACGUCAUGAAUCCCGAGUUUCGGCACCAUACACAGUUCCUGCUUUCUCCGGCGCUGGCUAUCCGUCCGUUCAAUACCCACGACUGCAGUUUCACCCUUCAUGCUUCUUUGCUAUCGGAUCUCCCGUGGGGAUGUUUUUGGCUGUGCGGGGCGUGACCAAGAUUGGAGAGGAUUACUGUCUACCAACCUGUCCGCGUUUUUUAAAUAUUUUCCAUCCGAAUGAUCCUGUGGCUUAUCGUAUUGAGCCGCUGAUUAUUCCUGAAGCUUGCCAAGUCACGCCUUCUGUGAUCGAACACCAUAAAGGUCGCAAGCGAAUGCAUCUCGAGGUGCAGAAAAAUAUUGCUACGGCGGCUUCCACAAUUAAAUCCAGUCUACUGGACCCCUUCAAACUGCUGUCCAACUUAGCCACAAGUGCCUCUAAUUUCAUUGGAAAAAGGCGCGCCGAAUCUCGUGACCGGGAACAGGAAGGUGUGAAUGUCACAUCUCCAUCAGAGGAACGAUUAGAGCGACCGAAAAAUACUCUGGGGCCAGCUGCACCCGUACCAUCGAGGCGAUCAGUCAAUGGAGAAGCACCAAAGAUCACUAAAUUUGGAUCCCUAAAUGGUGGAAACCGCGUGGACUAUGUGCUACAGGAAGCACCUCUGGAAAGUUUGAACCAGUACCUGUUUGCCCUUAACAGCCAUGCGGUUUACUGGGAUUCUGAGGACACUCUGCUCUUGAUGCUGCGUACAAUGAUUGAUAUUGAGAAAGAUAAUCUGACGCUUUCGCCAGAAUCCAGUGAAGAAGAAGAGCAUCAGUAUAUCUAGGACCGGAGUUCUGUGAACCGGUGAUCGAAAGUGAUUAAUUAAAAAUGCUCAUCCGUUUCUGCCUUUAUUUGGGUUUUUUCCUAACUUCCGUUUCGAAGGGGACGGUUGCCUUAUUUUCGUUGAGAUUUAUUAUAUGAUGUGCUCAUAAUUUGUUGGCCAGUUUGUAAAGUAAAAAUUGUUUUCCUGUGCUUUUACGCAGUACGGACCCACAGUUCAGCACUUUCAUCUGUUCUUUGUAACUUUUUCUGGUGUUUGCGAAUCUGGAAACUGUUUUAUCAAAGGGUUCGGGAAUUAAAUGCAGAAGUAUUCCAAAUAACGAAAGUUACUG